AUGUGGGUCGUCCUGAUCUUGGUUUUCGGUCUGGCCGCCGGACCGGCCUCGCCAACCGGAACGUUUCUGGCGACGUAUUCAGGCUACGACUACUUCAAAGUUCCCGUUUCUGGGCAGAUGUCAAGCGCGAACGUCAAGGUUACUUGUGACGCCGCUGGUUACGUCACACCGUGUCCCGGGGACGGGAACUGUCCGUAUUCGUCAGCCGACUGUGUCCAGACCGGGCUUACUGCAUGCACCUUUCCAAUGAACGAAGUAUCCCAAGUUCUGUGCGGUGACCAUCCCUGGCAAUGUCCCGCGUUUGACGGAGUGUACAGCUUCAUGGCCGACUAUAGCUCUGGAUUUGCCUAUGGUGUGGAGAGUGGUAGCACGACUGUCGGUAAUAACCAAUAUGACCGUUACGCCUUCUGCGCCCGAGAUCCUGACGACGACUGUGCCAGCAAUCCAUGUUGGUUCGGGACCACCUGUGUAGAUGGGAACAGUGAUUUCAGCUGUGACUGUCCGAAAGGGUUUGAAGGAAAGAAGUGUGAAAUCGCUGCGUUUUCCGGACAAUGCUACCAGUUCUCGCCCGACGCCCUCUCCCACGCCGAGGCCCGGCAGGCCUGCAGUACCAAGAACGGUCACCUGGCGGACGUGAAGGACGGGCAGCAGCAAAGCUUCAUCGCCAGCAGCAUCGCAGCCACCACUGGAGCCUCCAACUGGCUGGGGAUGAAACUGCAACAUGUGUACACCCUGGCCUACAGUGAUGACUCGCCUGCUCAAGGUCCGUUGCAGAUAUCUGCCGUCCAGCCUCCUGCCCAGUGUGACUUCUGUGUUCUCCUGGACAGCUCCAACAGCUUCCAGGCAGAACCGACCUCCUGCACGGAACACCACAACUACAUCUGCCAGUCUGAUAUCCAGUCCUGUGGACAGCAUGUCUGUCAGAACGGUGGAAACUGCACCUCCUGCUUCGGCGACUCCAUCUUUUUCUGCGACUGUCCUGAUGGGUUCGGAGGAAAGUCGUGCGAGAUCAACAUCAACGAAUGCGCGUCGAAUCCUUGUCAAAAUGGCGGAACCUGUCAUGAUGACGUCAACUCUUACCGAUGCCGAUGCCUGCCUGGUUACGUCGGGGAUAACUGUGAAGGAGACGUAGACUGGUGUUCCCUGGUGACCUGUCCGUUCGACUGGACCUGCCAGGAUUACGGACCUCACUUCACCUGCCUGGCGCCAUUCGUUCGCAAGAACAACUACCGCUGCAACAGCGCCUCCUGUCCAGACGGCAUGAACUGCAUAGAGGACGGGGCCUCGUUCUCGUGCUGGGCUAACUGA